AUGGAUUCCCCCGCACCUGCGGGCUCUCAGCAGUCUAGAGGCUCUGAGCUGCCACCGCCGACAGGCGCCGAUGCACGACCUUCAAGCGGGACUCCAGAGCAGGAUACCAACACUGAUCCCCGCAGUGGUCUGGUGCGCCGACAGGCACCCGAGCAGAUUGUUGUUGGAGAGAUACGACAAAAUUUGGAUGACCUCAAGUCCGCUAUUCUCAGUUAUUACAGCCGUCUAUAUUCACAACCGGGGAGGACCAUUGAAGAGAGGCUGGAUGCCCUAGCAGCACCGCCCUUCUCCAGCACUGUGAAAAUGGGGCGGCUCCCAUCUGUGGAUCCUGCCCUCAGUCGUAGCAGGAAGCAACCAUUCAUCGGAUUCCCACCCCCGAAUACGAGCGUAGAUUUUCUUGAAAAGGAAGGAGAUGCCCAAGGGCCAACCGACAAGGAUCCGUCCAUGACGUAUAAGACGUUUCACGGUAUUUCGCAGCUCCCCGGACACAAGGCAACCCCGGAUAUGAAGGGGUAUGACAACCUCAUGGGUCGUUCGCUAGACGAAGCUCGUGGAGGCCAGAUAAAUGAGCUGCUAGGAGAUCUGCGCUUCAAGUGCACCGCUGCUUCCACAAGGCUCAACACGAUAGCUGACCAUCUCGAGCGCGAGUGUGAAAAUCCCGACCUCCGCGAAUGGGAGUACACGAGUUACCCGCAGGUUCGCCGCCAACCAUAUCUAGGACGCGACCCGGAGUUGCGGCGCCAUCUGCUGACAAUCUAUCGAGAGCUUUGUCACCAGUCACAAACAAACCAGUUGCGUAUCAAUGCAAUCAAGAGCAAGCUCAAAGUGUUGAGUUUACACACGCAGUCCGACAUGAUCAAGUUGAAGUCUGAUCCGCGAAUCGCUUUCUGA